CCACGCCUGGCCGGUCUCCCGGUAUCCCACUCGCACCACUCCCCGAGCUCGCGGCAGCACCCGCCGCGCCACCGCCACGCCAUGGCCGCGCCGUGCGGCCGCGGCGCGCUGCCGCUGGUCCUUGUGGCGAUCGCCGCGGCGCUCCUCACCUACAACGCGCUCCUCUCCUCCCGCUCCGGCCUCCUGCCCCUCACCUCCACCUCCUUCCCCACCGCCACCGCCGCCUCCUCCUCCUCCCGCCGCUUCGGCGCCGCGGGGUCCGCCGGGCGGCCGAGGCCGUUCCACACCGCGGUGACCGCGUCGGGGUCCGCGUACAACACGUGGCAGUGCCGCGUCAUGUAUCACUGGUUCAAGGCGGCGCGCCGGGCGCCGGGCGGCGAUGAGAUGGGCGGGUUCACCAGGAUCCUGCACUCCGGGAAGCCCGACGAGUUCGUCGGCGAGAUCCCCACCUUCGUCGCCGACCCGCUCGCCGGAGGGGACCAGGGAUACAUUGUUCUGAAUAGACCGUGGGCAUUUGUUCAGUGGCUCCAGAAGGCAGACAUAAAGGAAGAGUAUAUCUUGAUGGCAGAGCCUGAUCACAUUAUUGUCAAGCCUAUCCCAAAUUUGUCAAGGGAUGGUCGCGCAGCAGCUUUCCCUUUCUUCUAUAUUGAGCCAGAGAAAAAUGAGAAAGUGUUGCGUAAGUUCUUCCCUGAAGACAAGGGACCAAUCACUAAGAUUGAUCCUAUAGGAAAUUCUCCUGUGAUAAUUGAGAAGGAAUCUCUUGCAAGGAUCGCACCUACAUGGAUGAAUGUUUCAAUUGCGAUGAAAAAAGAUCCUGAAGCAGAUAAAACUUUUGGCUGGGUUCUUGAAAUGUAUGGCUAUGCUGUAGCAUCUGCUAUCCAUGGAGUGGGCAACAUCCUACGCAAGGACUUUAUGAUUCAGCCACCUUGGGACUUGGAAGUUAGUGAUGCUUUUAUCAUACAUUAUACUUAUGGGUGUGAUUAUGACAAGGAGGGUAAACUGACUUAUGCUAAAAUUGGAGCAUGGAGGUUUGACAAGAGACAGUACACGGACAAACCUCCACCUAGAAAUUUACCAUUACCUCCAGAUGGUCUACCUAACCGUAUACCUCAGAGUGUGGUUACACUUGUGAAAAUGGUCAAUGAAGCAACAGCCAGCAUACCAAACUGGGACUCUUAUGCAGCUGGUUGAGCUUUUACAGAUCUGGCUAGUCAAUUCAGUUUGCCAAGUGUGUCCAUGGUGGUAGUGGUACAUGAUCAUUGCCAAACAUGGAAGGUGGGUGGCUGACAACCGUGGGAUGCAAUGAUAUACAGGUUUACCAGGCUACCGGCUCCUGACCUUUCUGCCUGAAUUUUCCUGAGGAUGUCUGGCGCAGAACCGCUGGUUCGUUUGUUCUGUCAAACACACGCACGAUGACACUGCAUACUAUGUCAAACACACGCUCUGAUCUGUGAGACGGUUAUUUGUUGACUGUUGAGUAUUUGUCUAGUAUUUGGUUGGCAUAAA